AAGAGAAAGAAGGUCUCAUUUCGCUAAUAUUAGUUGAACCACUUUAAUUACUGGAUCACAAACGCCAAAAAAAAAGAUGCCUUCAAGCUGCGAAAUCUGCUGUGAACUGCUCAUCGCCAUUUUGCUCCCUCCUUUAGGUGUUUGCUUAAGGCACGGUUGUUGCAGCGUAGAGUUUUGUAUAUGUUUGAUUUUAACGAUUAUGGGUUAUGUUCCUGGGAUAAUAUACGCUCUUUACGCCAUUGUUUUUGCGAAUCGAGAUGAGUACUUUGACGAGUACAGGCGACCACUUUAUUAUUCAAGUGCUUAGUGUUGUUUAAUUUUGAAUAUUUGUGAUGCUUUGAUUUGGUUUUUGAGGUCCUU